UGGUCAUCAUUACUCAGCUCAUAUCAUCCCGCACCUCAACUGAGAAACAAUAAACAAAAGCUCUCUUUGUAUUUUUUUUUUCUUUGAAGAAAUAGCAAAAACCUAACGAGCUAAUGCCUAUUAUCUCGACUUGUAUAUAUAGUUGAUGGGGGUAUGAGAUCAGUUGACUGUGAUAUAUUUUUGUACUUGUCUGUAAGAUUAUGAAAAACCCUAGCAUUUCUAGCUGAAAAAGAGAGAAGAUGGAGGAGGAAGAAGGUGUAAAGAGAAGGAUUGAAAGUGAAAAGGCACCAGAUGAUGACGUUUGUUCCAUUUGCUUUGGAAAUUUUACCAUUCCUUGUAAAACCAACUGUGGUCACUGGUUUUGUGCAAGUUGCAUAUUGCAGCUCUGGCACUACAGAUCAGCACUACGGCAAUGUAAGUGCCCAAUAUGUUGUUGCCUCAUUAGUAAGUUGGUACCGGAGGCAUCAUUACUUGUUCAACAGGAAGAGGAUGUUGUCGAACUACUUAGGAGGAUUCGGCGGUACAAUCACCUCCACAUUAGUGGUGCUUAUGGGAUUUUUCUGAAGGUACUAGCACUUCCACUUUUAACGAGGAGAGUUCUCCGAGCGCUGAUGGACGCACUGAUGGAUCCUGAUCAAGUUCGGUUAAACUAUUACUUGAUGCGCCUUCUUGCAUUGUUUCUGAGCUGGAUCUACUGUAGCUGCGGAUUCAAGUUCAUUCCUACUGGAGGACUAGGAAUCUGGAGACUGCUUGACAUCUGUGCUAUUGCCACGGUGGCCAUUUUCUCUUUGGCUGGCCUAUGCCGUAGAUGGGUUCUCCGUCGUCGUGUGAGACAGUUGGCUGCUCUACCAGCACAGCCUGAUUGAAAUUCCAUGCCAGCCUAAUAAUGGAGAGUCCAUGCUGUGAAAUAUAUCUUUGACUUUUGUUGGCUUUAAAGAAAAAGAUUCCCUUGUAGAAAAUUUGAUUGUAUGGGAGGUUAUUUUAAAGGCAGCUCCCACUAAUAUUAUAGGUCACAGUAGUCAUAGCUUUAAUCAACAAAGUAUUUAGUAUGCUUUUGGUUCACACUAAAACUUCGUAGAUGGUCUGGUAUUCCACCAAUUAGUAAUCCAAGAUUACCAAGGCCUGUAGUCUAGUGGUAUCUCACAUAAAAAUUCCAGAAGAAAUUUACAGCACGAUAAUUAGUUUCCUGCUUAUUGGCAUAGGCAUUUUUCAUUGUUAAGACACUAGUUUGAACUACUCAAAUGUUUCUUUGCAUUUAUACUCGUUUUCUAAUUGGUAAAAAUAGCUCGAGAAGUUUGCUUGUUA